AUGUCCUCCACCGCUGGCCCGGGAUCUGGCACGACAUCGAGCUCGGAAGAAGCCCCCGACAUCUUAGAUACCCAGUCGUAUGUGAACGCUGCCAGUCUCCAAUUUCUCCUCCAAGAACUCGUCCCUACCUCAAUUCGAGUAUCACACAAACUCGCAGACACCAACACCCUCCUGUCAUUGGCAGACAAGGACGAAACUUCUACGAUCGAUAAACCGCUCUCCAGCAUCCCCAAUGACCUCCCAGGUACUGUCAACGUGCUCGAUCUGGCGGCAUUGGACCAGGACGACGUGAGCUUGCGGGUCGAAGCUUACGGCUACACCUUGGGGUUGAAGUUAGCCGAGCUUUUGCUAUACAAGAACACCCGUUUUGCUGGCACGGGGGGGCCAGGCUCCAAGAUCGUGGAUAUCUUGGACAUCAUGAAGUUCGUGUGCAGAGAUGUGUGGAAGUGUCUCUACAACAAGCAAAUGGACAACUUGCGAACCAACCACAGAGGGACGUUUGUGUUGGUUGACAACAACUACAAGUUGAUCUCGUCCUUGAGCAGUCCCAAGGGGAUCCACGACACCGUGUCAAAAGCGAAGGUGCAUCUUUGGUUUCCUUGUGGGAUAAUAAGAGGAAUAUUGAAGAGUUUCGGCGUGGAUGGUAACGUGACUGCUGAAAUCACCCAGUUUCCGGUGGUUACAUUCAACAUCUACACCUCAAUCAAUAACUAG